CAUUUGGGGGAUAUCUGUACCGUCCUGACAUUUGGGGGAUAUCUGUACCGUCCUGACAUUUGGGGGGAUAUCUGUACCGUCCUGACAUUUGGGGGAUAUCUGUACCGUCCUGACAUUUGGGGGAUAUCUGUACUGUCCUGACAUUUGGGGGA